AUGGCGCCCAGUCCAUUGGAGUCCCCUUGCCCGACCCCCCCAGCCUCUGUUUGGCACUACCUCCUCGCCUCACCUGCAGGCGCCCUCCUUCUUUUGCACGCCCUAGCGUCACUACCAUCUGCCAGCUCCCCUCAGGACUCUAACCAGGUCUCCAAGGUUGUUUCCCUCGAGACAAAGCCUGUGUGGAACCACAGCUUUCGGUUUCUGCAGCAAGACUUUGCAACCAUUGUUUACUGGAGCUGCUGCUCUGACGUUGGAGUAUUCCAUAACCACAUGGAGCUGCACAGGAAGCUGAUAUCAGAAAUGGGGCAGAAGGGGAUGAAGGUGAAAAUGGUUCUCCUCAGGCUUCAGAAGAACGGAUAUCGCCUCCCAUCUCAUGAUGCCCUCGCACAGAUCCUACCAGAUCACCGGAACUUUGCCAGUGAAGCGAAGACUGAGCUCCAAAACACAACCUAUCAGGAGCAGGAGAGAUCUACUCAGAGGGCAGAAGUUACACAGGCCAACAAACCCAACAUAAACCGCACAUAUCAAGAGGUGGAAAACUAUCGUGCUGCCAUGAGUAAGAUGGCAGAGGACAUCAUAGCGCUGAGGACACAGGUGGUGGCAUUGGAGGCGGAAAACAGCCAGCUCCGCAGUGAUCUGUCUCUGCACCAGGACCUUGGUCGAAAUCUGCUGGAUGACACAGACAUCGACGUCAUGACCAAGGCUGAAAUUGCUGACCGUAUAGCCUCUCUGAAAUUCAAGCUGGCCAGUGAGACCAGUAAGGCAGUCUCACAAAGGGACAGGAUUCAUCAGCUGCAGAAUGAGUUGAUCAAGAAGAAUGACAGUGAGAAGGAGCUGCUGAAACUUCAGGGAAUCCACCAGCAACAGCAGGAGGAUCUGCAGCACCACCAAAGUCGCUUGGCAAAGAUGGCAGCUUUGGAGGCCAGAGUCAAACAACAGGAAAAGGUCAUUGAGAGGAUGGAGAAAGCAUUAGAUGGCAAACUCAGAGAGAAGACCAAACAAAGUGGUGACAAAAGUCUGGUGUUGAAAAAGCACAGAGAUUUGUCAGCUCCACUACUUGCACUACUGUCACAUGAUCGGCUGAUUGGAUGCAAGACUGAUCACAAUACAGAAAAGGUAGAGUCGGCCCUGGCUGCAGAAAACGCUCGUCUCCGUGAAGAGCUGGACAGGAUUCACAGGCAGCCUGCCCCUGUCAUUAUACAGCAGUCAGUGCAGACAAAAGAGGUACUACCAGUCAAGGAGAAACUGAGUUUACUAAACAAACUGGAGAAGGCUGAAGCAAGAGUCCAAAUACUGGAGGCACAGCUGGAGGAAAACUCUAAAUUGUGGGGGAGACAGAAACAAGAAAUGUUGACCAAACUUAGCGAGCACAGGCACGGCUUUGUACGAACGUCCACCACAAUCCUUCAUAAUGCUUCUUCGGUCCGUUGA